GUCAGUGCUUGGGUAGCUCAUUUAACAAUGUGCUCAAAGAUAAUAUUUGCAGUCACCGUUUUGGUGGUUUGUUCAUUCGCCUUCCCACAACAUGGCUACCACGACCACAGACACGAGCAUGUAGAGGACCACGACCACGGACAUGAGCAUUUAGAGGACCACGACCACGGGUUCCACGUGGAGUACAAGGAGGACUACUACGACCCUCACCCAAAGUACAAGUUCGAGUACGGCGUCCAUGACAGCCACACCGGCGACAUCAAGAGCCACAGGGAGGAGCGCGACGGGGAUGUGGUGCACGGCAGCUACGAGCUGGUGGAGGCGGACGGUUCCAAGCGCGUCGUCCACUACACAGCUGACCACCACACUGGCUUUAACGCCGUCGUCCACCGGGAACACAACGUCCAUCCUCAGCAUUACCAUCAUCACGAGGAACAUGUACCAAAGCACCAUGAACACUUGUUUUCGCAUUACUAA